AUGCUGGCGCCUCUCUCUGCUCGCAGCACCUCGCGGCGCGCCAGCUUCGCGGAGUCGUUGUCCGCUCGCCGCGCGAGCUCGUCUGCGCACAGCGCUCGCCCACACCUGACGUCGGUCCCUCGCAGUCAGCGGAGCGAUUCGAUUUGUGCCACGCCAACGCGCUACCGUAGCGAGGUGUCGGCCAGCGCCCGCCAACUGCGCAAUGACGUCUACGAGUCUCCAGCGACCACCAAGGCAAACGCCAUGAAGGUGUACAUCCGCGUCCGCCCCUUCAGCGAGCGUGAAAUUGCGCAGAAGGUGACGCCGCACAGCACUGUGCGCAUCGACGCCGAGAACCCGUGCGUGAUCACCAUCCUCGAACCGGCGCGGGCUUUUCGCCCUCUGUCCACUCACAUUUUCAACUGCUGCUUCUGGUCUGUCUUUGAAAACGCGAAAGACGGCGUCGAGGGGGAUCAGUCCGACAUACGCAACGGCGUGGACACGUUCCUCAACGGCGGCAUGAACUCUGCUCGCCGCUCUCGCGCGCAGUCGAUGAUGAACCUCAGCAGUUUGCCGCAGUCCGCCCGCCGCGCCACGCGCUCCGGCUUGGGACUCGAUAUCGAAGGAAUGGAGACCAGUGGCGAGACGCCGGCGUACGACGGCGCCGGCUCGGCACCAGUGAUGGUCGACGCCAAUGUCAGCCACCCUCCGUAUGCGGGGCAGGAUCAGGUGUACGCGCACGUCGGCAAGCCCAUCGUGGGCAACACCCUCGACGGAUACAAUGGGUGCGUGUUCGCCUACGGGCAGACGGGCAGCGGGCAG